AUGGCGACCCUUGGAUCAUUUCAGAUAUUGGGAGGCUUAAGCAGAUCCAGCAUGUUCUCCACCACUGGCGACAAGGCCAACGAGAUGUUCAAUUCACGAAAAAGAGCAGCUUCUGGUAGAUCUGAUAAUGCUUUUAUACGUAAUGUGGAUUUCCUAUGGUCCAAAAUCUCGACAUUGGGAAAGGGGACAGCAUCCGAUUCCACGGCGAAUGGAGAUUACGAAUUCGCAGCAUCUCAAAUACGCUUCGGUCGAGCAUGGAAUUUAUUUUCAAUGGGGUUGCAACAGUCAGAUGCUCUAUAUCGGUAUAUGGCAAUGGCUGCAUUAGGUCGAGUUUUACCCACGAUGCAAGAAACUCUACCUGAUUCUAGCAUGCGUGAGAUGUUGAGUUCGCUCUUGAUUCGAACAAUGGCGUCUGAUUGCAGACCGGAGAACAGGCUCAAGGCUAUAUGCUUACUGGGACAGCUGGGUGUCUAUUUGGGUGAAGCAGCUGAUGAUCUUCUCGUACUUCCAUUCAAGGAACUAGCUCUUUCUUUACUCAGCAUCCAAAUACGUGAAAAGGCCGUCAAAAACGAUCCAAAUCGCUUUCGAGCAGAGUCUCGAACUUUUAAGAUUUAUCUUAUUCAAGCUCUAGGCAAAUACGCUCGAUACCCACACAAACACAGUCGAGAUGUAGAAGACUUGCUAUUAUACAUGCUCCGUGAUGAGAUGGAUAAUGGAGACUCUGCCGUCAUUGCAAAGAAUGACAAGAAGGCACGAGUAAAUGAAGGAGCUGCUUGUGUUGUAUUGGCCAUAUUGAACGUUUUCAAUAUCGAUAUGUGCAGUAAUGAGACAAAUCAAAUGUAUGUUGGAGCACUGUUCAAGUUGUACGUGCAUCCCUUAGUCAGAACUAAUCACCCGCAGCUUCAAUCGGCUGCAAUUCGCUUUGUUUCGAAAUGGAUGCCAAUCACUUUGGAGACGGCACAUAUUUUCGGAUUUGAAGCUCUUUUAUCGGGCUUAAAACGAGCUGAAGAAUUGGGUGCUUUCGACAAGCACCAGAGUCUCCUCGAAUCGCAGCGUCGGUCUCUGAAAGCAGGUCAAGAACAAGUGCAACUGAAAGUUGCUUUAAGAGCCAAGAUUGUGCGGCAGAUGUUAAUGGUGCCUGGUACUUUUGCCAAAAUGGCAGCUGUGGAGGAUCACGAUUGUCUCUUUUAUGGGAAAUUCUCGGGUUGUGACGUAUUGUGCUCACUUCCCAUUCAUCAAAACUCCAAUGUACUUAUAAGUCGUCCCCAUCCUGCCAUUCCUGGAGUUCCUAGUGCUGCAACUACGAUACCACCUGUAUUUGUGGAUACCUCAUACUUGUCGAAAAUUAGACCGCCUAGAUCUCGUUACGAGUAUAUGGAACGAACAGGCCAAGUACUCGGAUUACCAUCUGGCUACUCGUAUUCUCCGCACGGGUUGGUAGACCUAGAUGCAGCAUUAGUAGAUACAGGACCGAAACUCGCUCCGAACUCAUCAUUACGUGAUCGCAAUCUUGCAAUUGGUAUUGGCAAGGGUCGAUCUACCCAAGUUCUAGCCAAACGUAGCCAGAAACAUGACAUUCCACCUAAUACUCAAAGUCAACCUCCUGGCGUCGUUGCUGCAAACAUACUUGAUCCCACGAAGGCCCCAUAUGGAUUCUUGUCAACCUGCCCAUUCCCAGGUUUUGACGCUGAAAUGAUUGAGCCCCCAAGUAGUGGGAAAUUGACUGGAUUACAUUCACGUAAAGACAGCUCCAGGACUUUGGUUGUCUCUGUUGAUGGUCCUCCCCCACCGGGAUAUACCUUUGAUAAAAGGGAAACCACUGUAACAUUCUUGUUUAUUAGGAGUCUGAAACCUGUUGGAAUGGUUGUUGAUUUUCCAGAAGGAGCACCAGUCAUAUUUGAUAUCAUUCAGCCAGGAACCCAACGUUUACAAAGAGUAUUGACUCGAAUAGUUUGUAUCAACAAGGAGCUAUCUGCUGUGAAUGUGCAGCCUGACAACUCAGACGAUCCAACAGUGUUGAUGGUCGGUGCUACAUUCAAUAUUUUUGUAAGGUCUCGUCGCAAGCCAUUUGAGUGGACCGCCAUCAAUUUAGAGGUCAUUGAUGAUGACUAUCAAGAUGAUAUCGUCUUCUCACAACGUAAAGUUGCGGCAGAGAUCUCUGCUCGAUAUGACAUGGUAUCAUCAAACACGGCCGAAAGUGCAAAUCGUCGACGUUGGCACGAUCGCCCAAUGGCUGCGGACAGAAGAGAAAGCACCAUUCCUAAUGUGGAAGACCAUAUUGCAACCAGGAGUAGAUACAGUGUGACAGCACAGCACCCGACAAGAGGAAGUCAUUCAGCUCAUGCCUUGUCUACAGCAAUACCAAACCCAUCCGGAUUCCUUCAUAGUGGUGUAGCGUUUUUUGCUCCGCCGUGUAAUUUGCCUCCAACACCAGCAGGAUACUUGUCAAUGAAUCAGCCAUACUUUGGUCGGCCACCGAAUCUCAAACCUGCACCGGCAGGCGUAACUUUAAAAGGUACUAGGUUUUAUCUGCCUGAAAGCCAGAGCUUUGGUGAUGGUCCAAAAGCUCCUCUGGCUGGGUUUGACAGUAAUGGUCAUCCAUUUUUCUUUCCUCGUGCUGCUAUUUUGCCACCGCCGGCAGGGUUUACACAUGAAGGGAUUCCAUAUUAUGAUGGCCUAUCGUUCGUGCAAGCUAGAGGAGUAUUGCUGCUGAAUGCACAUGAAGCGUUGCAGCAAUUUGAUGGGUUGGAUGAUUCAGGCUCUGAUGAUAGCGCAUUUGGCUCUGGAGACGAAUUAGGAAAUCAAAUAGCUUUGACUCGAACAGUAUCUGCCCAGUCUGUCAAGAAAAGUGGUCGUAGUCGUGCUGAGUUUAAAUCCUCGCGACAAAAUAUGGACUCGCUACUUGCUGAAUUAGAGGCGCAGCAACCUCUAUUAUGUCAACGCAUGUUGAAUCUGUCUAGAACACGUGGAGGCAACGCACUCCGUAUCCAGGAUAUUUCUAGGAUUCUCAACGAAGAGGCCACUGAAAGUGGCCAAGUAGUAAUAGAGCCAACCGAUAUUAUAGGUUUCUUGCGAGACAGUGAUGAUCUCGCAUACCUUAAAAGCCCACCGAUGAGAUUGGUAUUUGAACCCUCAACGAUGGAAUUCCGCUCUGUAAAUACAACCAUGAGCUCUACAGCGACUUUGAAAUAUCGAGCUUAUCGUGGUGAUCGAGAUGAACAUAGUUUCUUUGUAUCUAUUGACACGAAUGUCUUCUCAGUGUCGUCAACCCAUUUAAUGCUACAAGGAGAAGGCACAAUUGAACUCACAGUGACCUUUCAUCCUCGCGCCAUCAAGAAUGAUCGGAUUGAUACCAUUAUGAGCUUGAUUGACGAUACUGGCAAGAAGUUGGCUGUAUGUAAUCUCGUAGCUGUACGACAAUCGUUUGUAAAAGUCAAACCAACUCGUAUUGACGCAGGAUGGUUGUUGCCUGGUCAGCGUAAAGAGUGUGCCUUUAUUGUUGAAAACGUCUCGACUGUUGGUAUUUCGCUGUCGAUUGAAAUGCAAGGCCAGUCAGGUAGUGAGGAUCCUUUACAGGAUGGGCCAUUCCAUGUCUUGUCUGACGACAUUCGCAUGCAGCCAGGAGAAAAAAAGCAAUGGAAUGUAGCAUACGAGCCCAAACAUGAAGGUCGAUUCUCGGAUGUAAUAAUAGUAAAAGCUCCCGGUGGGGACUUGGUCAAGGUCCCAAUUGAAGCAUUUGCUGGUGUUCCAGUAGCUAUAUAUGCAGAGAGUGAAAGUAACUCUAGAGCUGGUGCAAGUGUCUUGAGUAAAGACCGCUCGGCCUUGUUAAAGAAACUUAGACGGACUGACAAGGCUGAGAAGCGUAGUAAUUUCUCCGAAGAGGAGCAGCAUAUUGUGGACAGGUUGCUCAACUCUGCUUCGAAGGCAGAAAUGAAUGAGCUAGAUUUGGGUGUUUGUUAUCAGGCUUCGAAGAAUGUGACUCGAUGCGUCACUCUCUUCAAUCUGUCGGAUACCAAUUUGACUGUGGGUCUACACGCACACAGCACAGCCAUCAUCUGUCCUGGCCUCGCAACAAUACCCUCGUUUGGAGCCGUCUCGAUUGAAGUAGAGAUUAAAUGUGGUGAAGAUCAACCAGUCUCUGGGAACCUUAUCUCGUGUAUCGAAAUAUUGUGUCCCGACUUCCAGAACACACCAUUAGUCGUAAAGGCUUUCAUUGGACUACCAUUGUUCUUCUUAUCAUGGGAUGUUGCAUUCUUUAAACCCUGUAUGGUGGGACAGACAGAGAGUCUUGUAUUGACUCUUGUCAACCAGUCACAGUAUGAUUUAUCUGUGGUGUUGGAUAAUCUCAAUGGGCCGAGAAGUGCAGUAAAUGUGAGAACUAGCAGCUUUGGUAGCUCUGUCUCAUCAGAUGAUCUGACACCUACUGUAGUAAAAGCUCAAUCUGCCACAAACGCCCUCUUCUCGUUUUUGGCUAGAGAACGAGGUCCGCUACUACAGACCAUCACAUUCCGCAUUCUUAACCCGGUUUGCGGAAAUAUUCCAACGUGUGUCAAUGGUAAAUCCUUGACAUUGGUUGGAAUAUGUAUAGAGCCAUACCCACAUUCUUUAGACGAUGUGCUGGAUAAGAACGGCAUAGAAUAUAUUAAACAGUGGAUGUCUCAUCCUAAGAGACUAUUGGAUGAGUAUCCAGGAGGAGAGGAGAAGGCUCGCCAUUUCGAUUUAACUCCAGUUGGUGGUCGGAAGAGUGGAGUCGCUGAAGUGAUGUUUCAAAGAGACUUGUUAAUAUACCGCCCUCAGGUCCAAAAUACUACCGAUAUUACUGAAUUCAACAAUCCACGCCGUCCCAUAUCAAAUCCUUUAAAAGUAACCAACAAGUCCAAGCAUCCUACAACUGUAUCCUUUAUAGCAUCAACCAACUUCUCCAUUGAUCCGAAAAAGCCGUGGUUGCUACAAGCGGCAGAAUCAUACAAUACUGAAAUAAUGUUUUUGCCACCUUUGGAUCGUGCAGAGUCGUCUAUAGUGUAUGGAUUUGGUAUGGCGCUGGACGAAGUUGAGCAUACCUUCCAUGCAGUCAGUCUUGUAUGUCGUCCUGCAUCAGAUGUUGUCGUAUUCCCAAGUCCAGAUUCCGAUGGUCAUGUAAUCGUUGAUUUUGGACUAGUAGAUGUAGCAAGCUAUUGGUUGGGCAUUCAUACUCGUCAUGUACUAUUGGUGAAUACUGGAUCAUCAACCAUGGCAUGGACUAUAAAACUUGGUGGUGGACGAACCAAGUACUCUGCCUUCGAAGCUGGCUCUAUUACUGGGGAAUUAGCACCGUCAGAUACAUAUGCAAUUCCAUUCAAAUUUCAUUCCGAAGUAUCUGGUAGUUUUGAUGUUACAGCUGAUCUCAGCGUCAAAGAUGCAACAGACAGACUAUCAAAAGGAAGUCAUUUGGCUUCCAUCGUCCUUCGAGGACAAUCUGUAAACACGUCACUGACAGGGAUGCCAGAACAAAUAGAGUUUGGCAGUGCAGUAGUGAUGAAUCGAAAAGCCAAGGGAUUUUUACUGUCAAAUAAUGGCUCGAGAGAUAUGGAGGUUCGUCUCAAAGUCACAGAGCCAUUUGUCGUCAAUCAAGAGAAAUUGAUGUUGGCUGCUCGGGAUGAAGCUGAGAUUGAAGUGCUCUUUCUGCCCACGGAAUCACGAGGAUCAUCAUCAAAACUGCUCGUAUUUGCCAACCACCGUUUAUGGGAGAUUCCGGUGAAUGGUGUUGGUGGAACUACCGACCUCGUUUGUGAACGAUUCAAUCACAGAGAUGUGGAUAUAGGACUGCAACGAGAAGGGACACUCGCAUGGGUCAAUAUACAGUUGACGAAUAGAGGAACCAUACCUUUGGUCUUGAACGAUAUCUCAGCCGAUAUGCCUAACUUUGUCAAGGUCAGAUUUAUGGGGCUCAGUGCUGGUGUUGUAGAUGAAGCUUCUACUUUGGAACAGAAGCUUACAAUACGAGUUGGCAAAGAUUAUUGGGCUAUCUUUAAAAGGAAGAUGAUCGUAUUUGCCACGCUUCGUAAACUGCUCAAAGAAAUGGUAUCAAAGGCUCGUAAACUACGAACUGAAUUUCGUCGGCCACAGUUUAAUGCCCAAAUAGGUGGUAAACCAAUAGUUGUCCGAAAGCAUAGUGAUAUCCUGCAGAUGGAAUCAACGUCCAUAGCAAAUCUGCCUCCUUUAAGACCAUUGUCGUCAUAUCAUUUUUUGAUUGGUAGUACGCCGAAAGCACCAACGGAGAUGCACUUCCAUUAUGAGCCUCUGACAACAGUCGAGGACGAACGGGCUGACGCAACCUCAACGACUUUGAUCAAAUCAACGUCGUUAAAGUUGACUGGUAAAACAUAUCGGUCUCUUGAAUUCUUCCCACCAUUCCAUGACUUUGGUCUUGCACCUGCUGAAGUCUUUAUAGACGACGACUAUCAGAGGCACUUAGAGUUAUCGACUUCCAGUGACUAUGGCGUAACUAGAGAUGGAGACAAAGAAGAAGGAACUGUACUCAAUCUGGAUGUUUUGAAUCUGUCUAGUGAGAUUCAAAAUCUAUCUUUGACCCAGAUUGCACCAGCAUUCCAUGUCAAGCAACGAGCUUGGAAUAUACAACCAGGAGAUCGUGUAUCCAUUCCUGUUGAAUUCCAUCCUCAACGAGAACAGUUACAGUAUCGGGGUGAAGUACACUUUGCCCAUACUCACGGUGUUGCAGUAGUAAGAUUAGCAGGUACAGGUGCCUCAGCCGACUUGUCUUGUGAUUCUGAAGUCAACUUUGGAGCGCUAAAAGUCAAUCGAGUCGGAACGAAAUCAUUCAAGCUCAUAAACCACGGCUUGUUGGAUUGCCAAUAUCAGCUUCGAAUAGUACAAAUGAUUCCAGAUUUUAAAUUUGUCUCAACGGAAGAGCCAUAUGAGCUAGAAGCUAAACUAGCUCCAGGAGCUGUGGAUAUAGUGCAAAUUAGAUGUUGCAGUGGAUCCAUAGAUGCUAAAGAUGCCACGAUUGUAGUGAGAUGGCUACGAGUGCCUAAUGGUCUAUGGGAAGAAAUCAUCGUGCCAUUACAUGUGGAAAUUGGCAUGCCUGUAUUCCGACUGCACACAUUGGAGGUUGACUUUGAAACAACAUAUAUGAGGCUGGGUAAAGUGGUGGAAAUACAGGUUGUAAAUGAUGGUAACGCAGAAUGUCACUGGAAUACGGAAAGCGAAAUUGACGUGCUCAGCAUAGAGCCGUCGUUUGGAAAUCUGUUGGCUGGCCAGACCGCCUAUCUCCAAGUAAUUUAUCAGCCAACAGACUAUGAGCAACUGAAUUCGUCAAUCACUUUCAAUACCGAUGCUGGUACCAUGGCUCUGAUGUGCUAUGGUGUCGUUGGGGUGCCUUUCAUAUCAAUCCCAGAAGACCAUCUAAGACUAGACUUUGGUGUUGCUGCCAUUGGUAAAUCUCAUGUCAGGACUAUAGUAGUAACCAAUUCAGGCCGCAAGACAUUAUCGUAUGAAGUAAAGAUUGAUAAAGCCGAGCAGGAUGGAGUUGGACUUUCCGAGUUAGCAGCUUCUAUAUUUGACAUUACGCCACCUCAAGGCAAAAUCCAACCACAACAACAGAUAUCUUUGACCUGCACUGUAAAACCCGUCGACUACGAUUCGCUGUAUACUGCCCAAUUCUCCUUUUCCACAAACAAUGGAGAGCAAUACGACGGAAUGAUUAGUGUUAAAGGUGGUAAAGCCAUUGUGACUUUGGCUGCUAUUACCUUGGGCAAGGUAACAGGUUCUAGAGCAGGCGCUCCAGCUAAAGCCAUUAGUAAGGAAGCUAAAUCACUAGCCAUUGAUAAUCAUUUCGAGGUAUUACAAUCUCUAGCAAAUGAGCUAGUUGCAGCACAAGUUUCGGCCCGAGGUCGAGCUGAGACUACUGCAGAGACGAAGAAGGAGGCCGUAUCUAGCGCUGGUUCUGCUCGUCCCCAUUCAAGUCGUGCUGGUAGUAUGAUGGCGGGUGUAGAUGGGGCUCCUAAAUCCUCAAAAGCUCGUGCGCUGACUGGUGCUGUAGAAUAUGUCCACGCGGAGUAUAUGACCGAAGACGAAAUCGCUCUCUUGUUACGGCCGAUACAAGAGUUUUUGGGCGAUGUACAGGCGGAACUGACAAUGUCCGACGAUCUCAGUUGGCUAGAUAAAGCUAAGAUUGUCGAUAGAUUGAUUGCCGAUAGUGAUCAGCUUAUAGCUAGUAUUGGCCAGCAAGUUGGCAGUCAUCAGCUCGAUAACAAAUCAGAAGUAGCCGCUUGUAUCCGUCGAGCACAUGUAUCGAGUCGUAGUGUCAAGUUACUGGAACGUGGUGUAAGUGAACAGGUUCAUGAAGAUGUCACCUUACAAGAGUUCGACUUGGGCCUUGUGCGUGGUGGAGUUGGUGUAGCCGGUGUUGACCUGUUCACUAUGCCCAACAUUGGAAACAUGGUCUUUGAAUUCGCUUUAGUGGAAGAACCCACUCACGUCACUCGUCCUGAAAAUCGAAGUACAGCUGAACGAGCUUUCGUGGUGACUCCUACAACUGGAUCCAUCGAACCUAGCGCUUCUGUAUCCUUCCUAGUCGACUUUAGAGCACUGACCACUGGAACGUAUCGGAAUACUUACAAGGUUGUUUCGAACGAAGUCGAUAUUGUCGAUUUUGCCAUAGUCGGCCGAGUUGGUAAUGCCAUAAUAUCCAUUGAUAAACCCGUAGUCGAUCUAGGCCUGAUACCUAGAAAGCAAAAGACCAUGCAAACGUUUGUAGUCAAGAAUAUGGGCACAUAUGAGGACAAGUGGAGAAUUGUGCCUGAAUCCAAAAAUGCUUCUCCCGAUAUUUUUACCUUUAAUGCUUACGAAGGAGAACUUGCACCUGGACAAGAAACCAUGGUCGAAGUGUACUUUUCAUCUAAUGAUGCUGGUACUUACAACCGAAACUAUAUCAUAAUUUGGACGGGCGUUCCUGUUACGUUUCAGGUUACGGGUAUCGCAGGAGCUCCCGAAUUGUAUGUCGACUUUGUUGAUGAAGACGACCAAGCCUUAGGUGGUAUGGAUUGGGGCGUCUGUGUGGUAGACUGUCAGUACACCAAAGUUUUGGUCGUAAAGAAUCGGGGCAACGUCGAUGGUCGAUUCGUAUUGACACAUCCAAACAAGACCUUUACUUUUGAAGCUAUUCGAGACUCGGAAGGGCUGAUUGCGGUAUCCCCAGGAGGGUCAGCUUCAGUCAAUAUCGUCAUGACACCGCUCAAAGCAGGACCAAUCCGUGAGCCUCUGCAAGUAGUCGACGAAGAGAUUUCAGUACUGCAGGUGCCGAUGAAGGCUCUCUGCGGUACAUGUGACUACAAGGUUGUAGGAGAGCUUAAAUAUUUAAAUAUGGGAGUAAAUGAAGUACAGAGCUCCUCCAUUGUCGUAACGAAUACUGGAGAUAUCGAAAUCCCUAUGGAAUUCAGCAUGGAGCCCAACUUGCCCAUUUUCACCAUCAAAUCAAGUGACUUUGAGUCGGGCUCGCUACUGAUGCCGAGUCGAACAGUAAUAGUAGAAGUCAGUGCUUGCCCCAAAAAGACUGGUGUCUGUGAGGCUGCUCUUGUUAUACGCACCAAUUUGGGCAAAGGAUUUGUAACCAAAGAGCUAUCAUUCAGCUUUCGAGCAUAUAACGAGCAGCUGGAAGUGGAUGACACUGAAGAUAUUGUCAUGGGGCGUAUCAUGGUUGGACAAACUCAGAAUUGCUCUCGUAACAUGACCAACUACGGAUCUUCCCCUAUUCAAUACCGUCUAGCUAUAACUGAAGUAGACGAAGAAGAAGACGAUGAUAAGAGCAAGAAGAAAAAGAAGGGUAGUGAGGGCCCCAAGAGGAGACGCAAGGCUAUGAGACGAAUUGCAGGUGCACUUAGCCAGGAUGCUUUGACUGACUCUCCUUGGACGAUUAUCUCUGAGUGUGAGGGUGUCGUUGAGCCUGGAUCCUCGAUUCCCUUCGAAUUCUCCUUUGCUGCACGAGAUGCUGACAGUGAGGAUAUGAAAGAAGUUAGGAUCAUUGUAGAGAAAAUGCUGACGAAAUGGACAGAAUGUGCAGCCAUAAAAGUCACAGCUGCAUUAGGUCGCCCAAGACUAGAAAUCGAGCCAUCUCAAGUCGAUUUCAGAAUUGUAUCUGUUGGAGGAGAACGUGGGAUUCCAAUCAGUUUGAAAAAUCAGGGAACUGUCUUACUGAAGUAUGAGAUCCUGAAGCCCUGGGAUUCAACAGACGUGUUUGAUUUUAUACCUGGAACUGCUUUGACUGGAACAGUAGAACCUAACGAAUCAGAGCAACUGACACUGUUGUUCAAGCCUAAAAUCUCGAGACAGUACUCAACUAAGAUCGGCGUCCAGACUCAAAUUGGAAUAUCGAUAUUUGAAAUCGCUGGACGAGGCGCUACCUACGAAAUUGCCGAGCGGUAUUUGCCAAAGGAUAUUGAUCUUGGGCAACUCUUUUUUGGGGAAUGCCGAGAUACCUCUGUUAUGGUUCGAAAUGGCUGUGUGUUUGAGCUCUUCCUGUCAGGAUCGGUUUCAUCAGAUGGAGCCAGUGAAUUCAGUGCUGGCGAAGUGUUUGGUGUUACUCCUCCGAAGGUUGAACUUGGACCAAAUCCAUCUGAGAAUGCUAACGAAGACGAUUGCACUUCUGGUGAAUUCGUUCUGAGUGCACAAAUGGCCAUUCCGAUUCUUGAAAAUGGUCUUGGAGAUGCCGCAGUAAUAUCAGAGCUCAUUCGGUUGGGACAAUGUCGUCGAAACAUGCAAAUCUCAGUUGAAGGCGGCUCCAUCUCAAACAUUCCCAUUAUGUACUAUUAUUCUGUGCAACCGCUGAGUCUCGUAAGACGAGAAGUAUCUCAAGACGCGGGAGACACUGAAAUCGAAUCAGAGAUCUCUUUUGGAGAUGUGGCAAUGUCGGAAGGUGCAACGCAGAUUGUUCAUCUAGUCAACAAGAAUGCUUUCAAAGUCUCUUUCCAAGCAACUGUGCCUGGCCAUUCUGUGAUCUUUGAUGCGUCCAGUAGUGAAAUCGAGGACUCGGACUCUAUCGAAUGCCGUAUACGGCUACCUCCACUCAUAUUUAGUGCUGACGAGACCGUUCCUAAAAGCAUUCCUGUGUCUGCUCUAAUUCGUAUCCAGCCUCACAUUCUUGAAAUGCGUCCCAUUGAAGUAUCUGUGUCUGGUAUCUACAUAGACGUUCCAAUGGAAUUGGACUUGUUCGAACCGGUGUCGCUUGGAUAUGCUCGAGUUCAUCGUGCUGGAAUGGGCGAGUUUGUAUUUACCAACCCCGUCAGACGAAGGUUGGAAUGGACUGUUCGUGUUGAGGAUGGUUCGUCUGAACUGUUUUGGAUUCGAGAAGGAGAGCAAACGGGUGAAGCGAAAUCCGGUACAGAAAUUAAAGUUCCCAUCCAAUUUAAGCCUUUACUUCCAAUUUCGUACACGUGUCAAGCCUUUAUUGAGACGGGAGAGGGAUCAUUUGUAGUCCAAUUCACAUGUGAAGGCGUCGAGCCCAAAUUGACUACAGACAAGGACUCGCUUGAUUUUGGUGUUGUUGGUGUUGGAGAGCCUGAAUUCCGUGUGAUUUCACUACUCAAUCCAACACCUCUUCCGGUGACGGCACGAUUGAGAGGAGUUACAGAUGUUUUCGUUGCCAAUCAUACAGAGGUGUUUGAAAUCGCUCCAAACGGCACAUUUGAUAUUGAAAUCACUUGCUCACCAUUAGUUUAUGAGGAACAAGUAUCUUCGACACUGGAAAUCAUUGAUGCUGAUCCGGAUCCCGAGACGGAUCCAACAAUUCUAGUAUCAAUAAAAGUACUCACUGUAGGUGGCCAGUUUGUAAUGCUGCCACCCGGAACGCUACUUCCAGGAAGCUCUAAUAUCAAUCUCAAUCUCGUGGAAAGUGCCGAGUCACUAGACGCCUUGAGUGGAGGUAGUGGUUUCGAACCACAGGCUAGUCUUGUUGCUAGUGCAACCAACAGAGGACUGAAUGUAAUGGAGCCUGCUAAAGAGAGACGAUUAUCGGUCGCUGAACGAUCUAAAUCAAGUUUUGGCUCUCCUUCUCGCCAAGGGUCUACCAUGCGUGACUUGCUGGAUGAUGCACUGUCGACGGAUCUGAUACAGGUUGAUUUUGGGGAGGUUGUUGAAGGGACACGUAUCCGACGAGUGUUUGAACUUGAGAAUGCUGGAGAUACUGUAAUUGAUCUUGGUGUGUUUGCUCCAGAUGGAGACGAAUGGGGUGCCAAUACGGAUUUCGAGACUGAGACUGCGAAAUUCAAGAUGGAUCCUGUCCUAUGUAAAAUUUCUGCUAAAACAAAGCAGGUGUUUGAGAUAUCUAUACGAGCCAAACCACCACAAGAAAACAAUCAGAUCGUGUUUGAUUUUACCAUUCGCACACGGUCGCUGAAAUUCAAUAGGGUGGUGCCUAUACGAGCGUUUGCUACUGUGCUCCCGAAAUCAAGUACAGAUGGACUACGAUCGUUUGCUAGAGCAGAUGACGCUAUUGAGGGCACACUGAGUCUUGAGAGGCUGGCAGAGUUUGGGAUGGAGUCUGAUAAGGGGUUGUGGAAGCUCUUGAGACAUGUUGUUAGACUUGAUGAGGGCAGACCGUCACAUCAUCUUGCUAGUAUUGAUUUUGUUGAGCCUGAUAUGUCAUGGCCUAGUGUUCAUGCACUAGUGACCAGACCACCUCCUCUACCAUUGGAGCUGCCAAUGGGAACAGCACGUAGAGGUGCUGCCGUUGGUGGAAGGGUUGCGCUUACGACGGAGCCGUUGUAUCAUGAACCACCCAAUGCAUUCGAGACUGCACGUAGACAGGAAGCAGCUCGCUUCAUAGCAGGUGUAGAGCGUAAAGUGUCUCUUGUCACAAAGAGAGUGUAA